AUGGAUGCAGCGAAGAAGCUGCCCUUGACCGACGAGUGCCAUCACUGGAAACGCCUGGGCGAAGUCCCUUGGGACUUGCAAAAAUACUGGCAGCAACGGCACACAUUAUUCCCAAAUUACAAUGAGGGUAUUCACAUGACCGACAGUGCUUGGUACGGUGUGACCCCCGAGCCCGUCGCAACGCAGAUUGCAUGGGAAUUACCCAAGACAGUUUCUGACGAGAAGACCACCAUCAUUGAUGUAUUUGCCGGCGUUGGGUCAAACUCGAUUGCUUUUGCUCUUUCAGAACGAUGGGAAAAGGUCAUCGCGAUCGAAAAAGACCCAGCUACACUCGCAUGUGCUCAGCAUCACGCACAGCUGUGUGGUGUCUUCGAUGAGAUUACCUGGAUAAACGGCGACAGCUUCGAGUAUCUCAAGCUCCUUCACUCGGCCCCUGCCAGCUUGGGAGACGCCAUCAAUGUUGAUAUAGAGAAGACGGUACUCUUCGGAUCGCCGCCGUGGGGAGGACCAGGCUACUCGACAGAUGCGGUUUUUGACUUGAGUACUAUGGAACCCUACAACCUAGCAGCGAUGCACCAAGCUUACAAGAGCAUGGAUCAUGCUCUUUACCUGCCCCGCACAAGUGACUUGAGCCAGAUCGCGCGACUAGUACCGGACGGCAUCAAGGUCGACGUCGUGCAGUAUUGCGUCGAGGGUGCGAGUAAGGCUCUGGUGGCCUACAUGCCUGCAGACAAGGGCCUCAACAGUCACACCGCAGAGGAGGAUACAGUGAUGGAUGAAGAAGCCUGA